UACGUGGCCUUUUCCAUGUAUUAUUUACUUUGAAUUUAUCCAUGGACUUUGUGACUUAAAUACGGUUUAUCGUAUGAGAUGUAAUGUGCUAUACUAUAAAUAUUAUUCUUUACAAACGUGUAUAUUUAUGAAUAUGUAACUAUGGCUGUUUCUCGGAACGUGCCAGACAACAUAAAUACAGUUAUGUAUAAUGAAGAUACAAAUGGACGUUGCUGCCCGUUGAUAGACAAUGAUGACCCGAGGAACCCACUAAUGAAUGACGCUAAACUUCCAUUAAUAAAUCCAAGGGAAAAGACACCAAAAUAUAAUGAAGAAUUAAAAGCUCAGAUUAACGAGAUAAAAAACGAGAUGAUACGCCAGUCUGAAGAGAUGAAUCGUCAGCUUAACAGAACUAAUGGUCUUGAUGAAGCAGCCGUAAAGAAAUAUUUUGCGGAAACAAAGCACAAACGAAAACCCUGUUGGAAGCUUCUACUUUUUUCCUCAUGUUGUCACCGUUAAGAAAUGUAAAACAUUUGAAGAAUCCCAGCAAGGUGUGUCAGAAUGAAGAAUGAAAAGAGCGUCUAUAUACAGCUUUGCUGUCAAUCACAUGGUUUCAUUAAGCCUGUAAUUAUAUCAUUUGACUCAAGGAAACAGUUCAAGGUCAUAAGGAAACAUUGUAUUGUAUCUAUAAUCAUAUGUGUUUGAAACCUAGAACUUUAGUUGAUUUUCCCUUAUUUAUUUCUAUUUGUCAUCAUUUAUGUCACAAAAUGAUGAAAUUUCGCAUGCAAUUAUUCCAGUACGUAAACGUAUAUAGUCAGUAUAGUCAAAUUAUAUAUAAGUAUUUUAUUCACAAAUAAAACGUACACUGCAUGUAAAUUAAUAGGCAUAUUGUCAUUAUUGAAUGCUUAGCUUUACAUUUUUAGAAAAAAAUCAAACAACACCAAAUCAUAGAAAGAAAGGGUUGUUUGACAUGAAAAUUGAACAACAUGUGAAACAAGUAUAUUACUCUACAAAACAACUGUCAAUUUACUGAUAUAUUCAUGGACUGCAUAAAGGUGGCACACUUCCGGACAGUUCAGUGCCUUUAACAACUCACCAUUUUUAAAAAAACUGUUACAUAUUUUCGUUUCAAUGCAUUUGCAAUAACGUCCCAGUGCUGAAAUUCUGCAUAACUUGGUGGGACAUAGUAUUUAGUAAUUGUUUAUUUCUUUACACACGGCAUUCAUUUUUAAAGGGGACAACUUUUUUGAUAAUAUUUUAAGUAUACAUCGUAUGUGACAGUACGGUAGAACAUGUAAUGAACAGGUAGAUUGUAAGUUAAGAUGCUGUUCGUUCAUCAAAUAUUUCUGUGUUUUGAUGAUAUAUACUCUUUAUAAGAAAUGCUAAUCGUGUUUUGAGAGUUUUCGGAUGUACUUGCUGUUAACUACUAAUUUUACGGAGAUCUGUUUUAUAAUAUCAUUAAAUUCGAUUUCGAUUUUGAAUCGAUUCGAUUAUGAUAUUAUAAAAUAAGUAAACACCGUACAAUACUAAUUCUGUGUAUAUGCAUAUAUUGAAUUGAAUAUAACAUUUUGUUUGUUUGUUUGUUUAGUUUGGGCGCCGUUUUUCAAAAUUGUCUCAGCUAUAUUACGGCGGGCAGUCAUUCUCGCCAGUUUUCCUGGAUUCUGUAACAUUUCUAACAAACUCCUAUCUUCUCGAACUGAAGUCAGAUGUGGAGGACGAAUGAUUUCAGAUACUGUGUCUUUUCUCAAAUUUCCAAGGAGAAAACAUGCUUCGCCCGGGGAUCCAAGGACAUCAUAAAAUCACAGACAUUUUGAGAUAUCUUUAAAUAAUUUAUUUUAAACAUCAAAUGUAUUUUCAGAUAUCAUUAAAUGAAUUAAAGAUUUCAUUAAAUGGAAUUUAGGAUAUGAAUGAAUAUUCGUGGAGCUAUUUAGAGAUAUCCAUUUUUAUUUUGUUAUAUUCUUAAAUCACAAAAUCAUUUGAUAAUACAACAGUAAAGUCCCCGUCAAUGCUUAAAUUUGUGCUAGAUUCGAAGUAAAUCGUAUAUUUUGCGGACUAAACUAGCACGUUCUGCAAAAAUACACAGAAAACAGAAGCUUUGACUCUCCAUGCAGUUCUUUAAAUCUGUUUGACGAUUUGGAAAAUAAUUGUUUAGACUUCACUGUUUAAUAUGAGAACUGUAACUUUUGUCUUUUUGGAGAUUUUAAUGCCAAAAGUGGUAAAUUGUCAGAUUUUUGUGAUAUUGAUAAUUAUGUCACGGAUGAUAUUUUUUUAUGUUAAUACUAAGCAGAUUGUUGGUUUAAACAAUCUUGCUGAUUUAGGGAUACCGACUGAGCACAUUUUUAGUGAUCUUUAUCAUUGUAAUAAUUAUGGCCGCAGGCCUAUAGAAAUGCGUAAAAUAACGAAUUUACGUAUUGCCAACGAUCGUUUUGGAUCAGAUAUUUAUGUAGGAAAAUGUUCCUGUAUCAGUGGUAGUGUUAUUGGUUAUGUUUUAUUGUCUGUUGUAAAUUUCCCAAGAGUUAAACUUUUUUAUAUUUUAGACUUUGACCCAUUGUUGUCAGAUGUGCAUUGUGCACUAGAACUAUGCAUCACUGUUAAGUUUAUUAAAUUAAAUGACUUCAUAGUGAAUCAGGAUGAAGUUCUUGAUGAGAACUAGGUGUUCAUGAGUUCUGUUUAGGAUAAGAACUAAAAAAGAAGACUUUAUUGGCUACUUUGACGUAAAUGACACCAAUAAUGUAAUGUCAGACAUGGAAAAUAUUAUUCACGAUUAAAUUAUAGUAACGUUGUUA